GAUGCUCGGCGUCGCGGCACGAUCGCUCACCGCCGCCAUCUUGAAUUUUACGGAACGCGGGCUAUUUUUUUAAUAAAAAUAAACUAAACGUGUCAACUGUGCCGUUUCCAGUUUUAUUUACACAAAUGUGUAAGGAGCUUUAUGUGAAAAACCGAACUCAAGUGAAUCAUAUUAUAUCGACAACGUAUACGAACAGAUUUUUAAAAUAAUCAAAAGUAACAAAGCAUUCCAAAUUGAAAAAAACUAACGUUUAAUUUAGUGUUGCCAUAUUAACAUUAACAAGCUUUUUUUAAUACUCGAUAAGGCAGACAUUUAAGUGAGUAAUAACAGAAAAAAAAUCGUGUCAAGAUCAAUAAGUGUGUGUCAAGGGGGCUCUGCAACUUUCCUUUUGUAGACCAAGAGAACUGGAUGACAUCGAUCGUGAUAAAAUACUGGUGAAUCGUUUAAAUACGACCUCUGUUACCAUAAACGGGUUUAUUGUGGACGGAUUUUGGCGAAUCCCUUCAUAAUAACUCGGGAAGCGGCAGUGCUCGGACCCUAAUCCCGGAUACAAGUGGUGUCUAACCUAACCUAACAAAAAUAAAAGUGCUCGAAUAAAAAAAAGUGAAUCUAAAUUUAAAUUAUGAUAAGUGUGUGUGCGUGAAAAUGUCGACACAAGCGUAUUACAAGGAGCGAUUGGGUUUCGACCCUCAAGAAGCAGUGCAAGAUGGCGUCAACGGUGGAGCCUUCUACGAUGGGCCCCACCCUUCGAAACGGCACAGGGGUGAACACUCCGACAGCCACGAUCAGGUUUACGAGGAGAAUCUGACCAAAUUCAAAGAUGAACGAGACGCGAUACAAAAGAAGACGUUUACAAAAUGGGUCAACAAACAUCUCAAAAAGGUGUUAACGUUACUUUACCCCACGCUGCUCGGACAGACCUACACACGUCUUCAUGUCUGCGAGGUGAUCAACAAUCAACCAUGUUGUCCACCGCAGCAAGUGAACCGUCACGUGAACGAUCUAUUCGAGGACCUACGCGAUGGGCUGAACCUCAUCUCGCUGCUGGAGGUGCUUUCUGGCGAACAUCUCCCGCGCGAGAGAGGUCGAAUGCGGUUCCACAUGCUGCAAAACGUCCAAAUGGCUCUCGACUUCCUUCGAUACAAGAAGAUCAAGCUCGUCAACAUCAGGGCUGAAGACAUCGUCGAUGGCAACCCCAAGCUGACCCUCGGACUUAUAUGGACCAUCAUUCUUCACUUCCAGGGUACGCUAGAAAGCGAUGAAUCGAAACCCCUGAAAUCAAGCUUGAAGAAAUCCUCUCCGUCACCCGUCGGGUCUCCCAUUACUACAAGCUUAAACUUGGCUUCUGUACCCAGAAGUUUGAGGGAAGGAUUGACGAGACAUGAAACAGUUUAUGAUGGAAACUAUCCAGGAAUGGAGCGAACAUCUAGUUACCGUUCUGGGUCAUAUCGAGAAGAGAGUUACAAUGGACGAAUUGUCCACGACGGGAACCAGACUCACUUUGAAUACGACGGAGGGAGCGCUUUAGCUGUACCGACGUCAGCCGGUGGCUUAGGAAUGUCAGAGUUGCAGGCGAUUCACACGAACAAGAGAAUGUCGACCGAGGUUCUAGGCUCUUCGUUAGAGUCGACCAAAAUCUCGAAGAAAGACGAUGUCAGCGGUCAACGAAGGAUCACCACGAGGAUUGUGAGGAAGGUGACUACUUUAACUCGAGGUGAAGAGAAAGCAUCAGCUGAAGAUGUUAGAGGAGGAUCAGUGCACAGAUCCGCUGAACAUUACAGACACGUGGAAAUGGAAUCAUCGCUUCCUAGAAAAGUCAAGAUAUCCGAUAUAGUAAUCGGUCAGGAAGCGAACGUGACAGCCCGCGAAGCACUGCUGAGCUGGGCCCGGCGCUCCACCGCCAAGUACCCCGGCGUCAGGGUGGCUGACUUCACGUCAUCCUGGCGUGAUGGACUGGCCUUCAACGCGCUCAUACACAGGAACCGUCCUGAUCUGAUAGACUGGCGUAACAUCAGAUCAAGACAAGUCCGUGAGCGUUUGGAGACAGCCUUCCAUGUAGUUGAGAAGGAGUACGGAGUGACCAGACUACUGGAUCCCGAAGAUGUGGACACCCACGAGCCCGACGAGAAGUCCCUGAUCACGUACAUCUCGUCUCUUUAUGAGACGUUCCCGGAGCCGCCGGCGGUGCACCCGUUGUUUGACGCCGAAUCACAGCGUCGCGCCGCCGCCUACACCGAGCAGGCCGCGCAACACCGCGCCUGGUUGCAUGAGAAGUGUGCACUUAUGCAGGACCGUGCUUUCCCGUCAACUUUGAUAGAAAUGAAGAAGCUGCUCAGCGAGAGCACUCGGUUCCGGCAGGAGGAGGUGCCGCUCAGACAGCGCGAGAAACAAAAGCUCUUCCACCACUACAGGGAACUUGAGAAAUACUUCGAAUCAGUGGGCGAGUGUGACAUCGAGCCCACGCUCCGACCGGACGCGUUAGAACAAGCCUGGUCUCGACUGCUGAUGGCGCAGCAGGAGAGGGAACGAGACCUCACUGAUGAAAUACGCAGGCUUGAGCGACUGCAACGAUUGGCUGAAAAAUUGCACAGGGAUAUAAAACAGACAGAAAGUGGUUUAGACAGCGUAGAACGGCAUAUCGAGAGUGAGAUCCGUCGCGUUGAGCGCGGCGUCCACCCGGCCGACGCUAAGCUGGCGGCAGAAAACAUCGAACAAGAGCUACGAGCUAUGGAGCAUACCAUCCAGGAAAUGUUCCAGGAUUCCCACACCCUGAGAGAAGGAAGAUACCCUCAAGCUGCUGAUUUGCAUAGACGCGUCCAACAAGUCCACGACCGCUGGCUGAACGCCCGCCAAUCCUUCACCGGGCGCCUGGUGCCCCGCUUAUCAUCAGUCAGAAUGCCAGUACAGCAGACUACAGUCCGCCGAGAGACUCGCACUGUGCUGGAGACCAGGGUACAUGAUGCAGAUCCCAAGUUCCAGCAGCUCAGUGAGGCGACCAGAUGGUGUAAGGAGAGAUUGAAAAAGCUCCACGAGUCAGACUACGGAUCCGACCUGCCAUCAGUACAACACGAGCUGGACAAACAUCAGAGGGAACACAAACAAAUCGACCAGUUCCACUCCAAGGUCGAACAAUGCGUCCACAACCGCGCCAACUUCAGCGGUGAAGAGCUGAACCUGUACAACCAACACCUCAGUCAGCUGCAGAAGCUGUAUGCUGAACUGCUGUCCACCAGCACUAAACGCAUGUCAGACUUGGACGCUCUUCAAGACUUCUUGCAAUCAGCCACAGCUGAACUGAACUGGUUGAACGAGAAGGAACAGGUGGAACUGUCCAGGGACUGGGCAGACCCUCACAUCAACCUUCCAGCUGUACAGCAUUAUUACGAGCAACUGAUGUCUUCCCUCGAGAAACGUGAACUGCAAUUCAGCAAUGUCAUUGACCGUGGAGAAGCGCUCAUCGCUCAACACCACCCGGCUACAAAGACUAUCGAGUCUCAUCUACAGGUGAUGCAGUCUCAAUGGGCGUGGGUGCUACAACUGACGCUGUGCCUUGAAACACAUCUCAAGCACACCACACAGUACCACAACUUCUUCGAAGAGGUCAAGGAAGCCGAGAAAUGGAUUCAGAAACGCGAAGAAGCCCUGAACUCGACCUUCUCGCAGUCAGAAUUCACUUUAGACCAAGGUGAACGUCUUCUGAAGGGUAUGCAGGAGUUGAGAGAGGAACUGAACUCCCACGGAGGUCUGGUCUCUAGGCUGGUGGAAGAUGCACAGGAGAUUAGGCCUGUGAAGCAACGCAGGGCUCCUAUAACUAGGCCUUUAAGAGCUGAGACAGUCUGUGCUUAUAAACAUGCCAAUGUGGCUAUAGAAAAGGGGUCAGCGGUGACGGUGGUGGACAACUCAGGUCGCAGCAGAUGGCGCGUGCGACUGGGGGGGGCGGGCACCGACGUGCAGGUGCCCGGCGCAGUCGUCGCGCUGCCGCCGCCCUGCCAGGACGCCAUCGACGCCGCCGCCAGGCUCCGGAGCGCGUACGACAGGGUCAUACAACUAUGGCAGAGGAAGCAACUGAGGAUGCGACAGAACAUGAUCUUUGCCACCAUCAAGGUGGUCAAGGGAUGGGAUUUCCCACAGUUCGUGGCAAUGGGCGCAGAACAACGCCAGGCCAUCCGCCGUGCGUUGAAUGAGGACGCUGAGAAGUUGUUAGCUGAGGGUGACCCAGCUGACCCUCAGCUACGGAGACUCCGCCGUGAGAUCGAUGACGUCAACCGGCUGUUCGAUGAAUUCGAGAGGAGAGCCAGGGCUGAAGAGGAAUCGAAGAACGCCGCCCGCAUAUUCACAGAACAGUCAUCGAAUCUUCUGGAACGUCUCGAAGUUUUGGAGAGACAGCUGCAUGAGAGGAUAGCCAGCCAUAUCCCACGUGACUUGGAUACGUUGGAGCACCUGGUGCUGCAGCAUAAGGAUUGGGAGACCAGUGUACAUAGCCUCACCAACGAUGUGGAGGAAGUACAGGCUACAUUCAGAGGCAUCGCCCUCAAGACUCCCGCCAUGAAGAAGAGCCUCGACAAAGUGAUGGGCAAGUGGAAUGAUAUGCAGUCCAAGAGCCAACUCUUUGUCGAUAGGCUGAAGUUUGUGGAGAUAGUGGUGAACAGUAUGGAGGAGAACCACCAGACAAUAUCAGAGUUCGAGAUCAAACUCGCGCAGUUCAACGACUUACCGAACGAUGUUGAACUGUUGAAAGAUAUGCACGAAGAUCUCCUCCGCAUGCAAGUAGCAGUCAGCAAGCAGCAGAUCCAGAUAGACCAGAUGAAUGAUGACGCGGAGAACUGCCGCCGUCUCGUAGAGACAUCCAGGGCUGGCCUGCCGCACUCCUCGCUCCCACGAUCAGGGAAGCAUAUUGAUCUAGAAAGACUCGACAAAGAAGUGUCCCAGCUGAACAAUAGGUGGAAUAAUGUCUGCAGUCAGUUGGCUGAGAGACUUCGAAGCUGUGAAGCCGCGUACCAACUCCUGCGCAACUACAACGCUGGGUUAGAAAAGGAAGCUGAAUGGAUUGAUGAUGCAUACAGCAAGCUGCAGGCACAGCCACCCAUUGAAGUCCGGCCUAAGGAACAUUUCGAACCGACCAGGAAUCUACUCACAAGUGUCGUCGAGAGGACGCCUAAGAUAGAAAAGGUUAACGUUGAUGGUGGCAGAUACAUUCGCGAGGCGAAGAUAUACUCGUCGAGAUGUCAGCGAUAUGCCGAAUGGCUUUGCGACGAGGUGCAUCCAUCGUUGGACAUGAGGCAGCUUCGACGACAAGCAGACAUCGAGCUCGCCGAGCGUCACCGGGCCCGAGGCCGGACGGACCCGGAACGCAUACCGUCAGGGUCGGAAGCAGUAGCACGAGAACUGGAUGACUUGAAUGCCAACUACCAGAGGUUGAUGGAUAUGCUGUAUGAGAGACUAAGAAGGAUCGCAGCCGCUAAUCCAGGAGACAUCGUUACUUUGCGUCUCGUUGAGGCGAUGGCGCCUCGGUCGGCACGAUCCUUCAGACAGGAGUUCAAUAUGCAAGACUUGACCACAGAACAGACAUACACAACGCAUUAUACCACAGAAAAAUACGUCAGGACAUCACACUCAACAGAACUAGACGGUCAACCAGUUAAAUCAAUGACCAAUGGCAAAUUAAAUUCACCUAAUUACACAACGAAAACAAUUAUAACAGAAGAUGAUAGGCCUGACGUAAGAAACCUAAAGAGAGUCCACAGAAUGUAUGAAGGACCAAACAUUAUCGAAUCUAAAGGUAUAUUGCAUCCCGAAACUAAAGAAAUACUCACUGUUGGUCAAGCCAUCAGUAUGAGAAUACUCGAUGUACGAACAGGGCGGCUGUUGUCAGCCCCCGGCACAAGACAGACAAUAAGUAUUGAACAAGCAGCGAAAGAGGGUCUGAUAGAUCCCAAACUAGCUGCAAGACUUACAGGACCGUGCGGCAUGACCGAAGACGGCAACGAAGUCACAUUAAUAGAAGCAAUACAAAGAGAACUAUACGACGCAGAACAAGGACUUACAGAUCCAGCGGAGAAGAGAGUCAAGGUAACUGUAGAAGGCGAAAAAUCCGCACAAGGAAUGAGUAUUUCGGAUGCAUUGAACCGAGGACAAGUUGAUUUACAAAGAGGUCUAUAUAGACUACCUAAUGGAAGCUACAUAACUAUUGCCGAAGCCUACCAACGCGGCUACCUCAUUUACAAUGAGAUUAUCAAAAUAAAAUCGAGUGCUCUGUGUCUGUCUGACGCGAUUAGUCAAGAAUUAGUAGACAACAGCGGUUGGAUUCUGGAUAGGAACUCGGGCGAUAGAUACCAAAUUGAUGUUGCUAUUAAAAAUGAACUUAUCAAUCCUAACAUUAGAGAAGUAGUUGACCCUAAAAACGAUACUAAAAUUACGCUUGCUGAAGCGAUAGAGAAAAAUAUAAUUAAUACUAAACAUUCAAAAUACGUUCAUAAUAUAACAAAAGAGAAACUAACUUUCAAAGACGCAGCAAGUAAACGCUUUAUUUGUAAACCUAUGACACUUAAAGAUGUCUGCGAUAACAAUCUUAUGACUAAUGACGGUAAGAUCUUAUCACCAGCUAAUCGGUCUCCUUUGAACAUUCUCGAGGCCAUUUCCGCAGGUGUCCUUGACAGUGACAACGUUAAAUGUAUCACCAACACAACGACGGGAGGUCUCCUCACGCUUUCAGAGGCAUUAGGCGCGAAAAUAAUUUUGCAUGACAAUAAAUUCCGUGAUAAUUUAACCGGAGAAAUAUGUACCAUUCCCGAGGCAGUAGAUCGUGGAUUAAUUACUUCGGUUUCUCAAAGAUCUAUUUUCGACAUCGACGGUUUUAAAGAUCCCAAAACAGGGGAAUUCGUAUCUUUCAACGUUGCACUCGGUAAGGGUAACCUUAAAUAUGUAAAUGGUGAGACUUUCCUUAAGUCAGAAAGUGGAGACUGGGUAUUCUUAGAAGACUGUACUAAAGUGUCUUUAGUUAGGGCCGAAGUAUUAGAAAUGUUUAAUCGUAAGAUAGGAAUUUAUGAAAACGGUAAAGAAUUGUCAGUUUUAGACGCAGUGUUUAAAAAUAUUCUCGAUCCGAAAACAGGGCAUUUAUUAGAAGCGGCUACUAAAAAGCCUAUUCCGUUUAACAAAGCUGUAGAAAUAAAUAUGAUCACACCUGAAGGUGCGGCUUUACUGAAUUCGCUUUUGAAUAUCACGCUAACAUUACAAACUGUUACAAAAACCGUUAAACGGUACGUAACAGUCACCAACACAAGUGCUACGCAACGAUCCGAAACGAUAAUUACAUUCGCGGAAGCUAUAAGACGCGGUCUUAUCGAUGAAAAUACUCAAACCUUUACCGACCCUACCACGGGCACAGUGUUCCCUAUACAACAAGCUUUAGAUGAGGGCUUGUUAGGUGUGGAAAAGAAUGAGCCACGCGUGGUCCACAUAUCAGACCGCGUUAAGAAAGACUUAGUACCAGGCCAAGUUGUUGAACUGAAAAUCACAAAAAAAUCGUUCAUCAAAGAUUUACCACCCAGUCCUGAAGGUAAAGUGCAAAGAGAUAGUGCUAGGCCAGAGACUCUUAAGAGCCCCGAUUUUGCCAUUCAUGAAACAGUUCAACUUCGUGAGGGUUUGGUGCAGGAAAUUCGAACGGUAACAUCAAAAUCCGUUGUUACUGAACCGUCAGUAACUUCUAUGACUAUCAAAAAGAAUACGAUUGAGCUACCCCGUGGUGGCUGGACUUUGAAAGAAGCUAUUCAACAGAAUCUUUUUGACCCAUCUACUGGUAUGUUUGUAAUUCCCGGUACUGACAGAGUUCUAGACCUGGAAGAAGCCAUUAAAUUGAACAUCAUAAAUGGAGACUCGGCCAAUGUAGUAGAUCCAAAAUCUAAAAAAGAGAUCCCUCUCAACCGUGCUUUAGAUUUCCGAAUAAUUGACAGUACAGGACAUUAUAAACAUAAAACAGAAAUAAUGACUAUGAAACAAGCGAUUGAACGUAGGUACAUCGUCUUCAUCCAACUAACAUCUACAACUCAUUCACAGAAAGUUAUUACUAUUACGUCUGUAGCUGGGAUGCCAGACAAGAUGGAAAUAUCUGAAAUGUGUGAUGCGCCAUCGCACGAGAUUAUAACGGAAGACCAAUCAGCAUUGGAACCCGUUCAGGUAAAACCUGGUGUGAUUUUUGAUCCCGCUACGGCUUUAGUUAUUUCCACCUCGUCUGGUGUUUCUGAAAAUGUUUUAGAAGCAGUAGAUCGGGGUUUGUUGCCAGCUAACAGUGUUAAAGUUGUUGAACCUCAAUCAGGUAGGCCUAUAUCGCUAAAACAGGCUGUAGAACAAGGUAUAGUCGAUCCAAAAACUGGAGAAUAUAAAGACAAAACUGGAAAGAGAAUAAGUCUCGUAGAUGCGGCUAAAAUAGGUCUAGUUGCAGUAGUAGGUGCACCUCUUGUAGCAGCGUCUAAAGUUAUCCAAGUAGUUAAAAGCACUAUGGUAGUAGACCCACAAACAGGUGAAAAUAUACCCAUGGAAGUAGCUUACGAAAGAGGAUUAGUCGAUCCAGUUACAUACAAAAAAUACGAGGAAUCAAUUAGGGACAGGUCACCGGAGGUGGAAGUCACACAGGAAAUUAAGACAACUAGUACUAGUAGCGUGACGUAUUCACAAGUUACUACAACGAAAACUCUACCAACGGAAACAACGGUUACCGUUGUAGUUGACCCAAAAACUGGUGAAAAGCUACCAAUAGAGGUUGCGUAUGAAAGAGGCCUUAUUGAUCCAAUUUCAUACAAAAAGUAUGAACUGUCAAUUAGGGAAAGAACUCCUGAGUAUGCUCAGCGAUUUACUACACCAUCAUCUACAGACAUUACCUUUACUCAAGUACCAAGUGCGACCACGCCUGAUAAAGUAGUUACGAUGGUAGUUGAUCCCAAGACGGGUGAGCAGUUACCUAUUGAGGUUGCUUACGAACGAGGUAUAUUGGACCCUAUUACUUACAAAAUCUACCAAGACUCACUUGCAAUAAAUCAACAAGAAACCUUAACAAAACCUGGAAUUGCCCAAACUGCUCCAGGCGCUAGCACAGUCACUAUCUCUCAGGUUACUAAGCCUGUAUCAGUAGGAGCAGCAGUUUCAGAAGGUUUUAUAACUGUUGAAUCAAUACAAAAUAGUCUUUCAGCUGACAAUAGGCGUAUUAUUGAAACAAAUGUAAUUACUGAAAAGUUAAAAUCGAAACCAACUGAUAUUAUCCAAAUCAAUAAAACCACUAUUAGUGCCAAACCCAAAUAUAAAGUCAAUGUAGGUAGAGAACAAACUCCUGAAGGACAAGUUCUUGACACAAAACCAAUAGUAUUACAAAAACUCAGAAAACAUGUCGUUACUCCGGGUGAAGCUGUCGAGCAGGGCUUGAUAGAUAAGGACACUGUCAAAAUAUUAGAAGCCGUCAAAGUUUAUAAAGAUGAAAGUGGUUCACCAAUUACUCUUGAAGUCGCUAUCGAGAAAGGCAUCGUCGAUGAAAAUCAGGGUAAAAUUGUUGAUCCCGUACGCGGUGAUGUUCUUAAUAUCAAGGAAGCUAUUAAGAGAGGAAUCCUUGAUGUUGAAGGGCAGGAUGAAAUAUUGAUUCCGUUAGCUAAGAGUCUAUCUAUUCCCGAAGUUUUAGAACAGGGACUCUUGGACCCAGUCACCGGAAAAAUAGUUCAUCCUGAAACUGGUAACUUACUGACAUUGAGAGAAGCAAUCAUUUGCGAUAUUGUUGAUCCUUUGUCUAGUAUAACCAUAGCUCCGGGUAAAAAUAUAACUUUGGCAGAAGCCAUUGAGAGGAAUAUUGUAGAUCACGACAAAAACGUAUUUAAAACAUCUGACGGCCCCCUUGAUUUCAUUUCAGCGGUUAACGCUCAGGUGUUCCCUGAAUCUGAAAACAAACCCGUCAUUGACAUUCCUCCAGCGGCAAUGACACUUAACAUCGCAAUAAAAAAGAAUUUAAUCAACCCACACACUGGAGAAAUGAAACAUCCUCUUACCGGUGAAAUGACACCUGUGGGCGAUGCCAUCAAAAAGGAUCUAAUUAUGGCUAUUCCUUACCCCCAAACAUCUGAAACUUUAACUCUAGAAGAGGCACUAGAUAAAGGAGCAGUUAACCUGAAACAAGCAACAUUUACUGAUCCCAAAACUAAACAAGUUUUGCCUUUAGAUAAGGCUCUAGAGCAAGGCUUGGUGGCAGUCAAACCAAUCACCGAUAUGCAAACGACUGGUGUUGUAACAACUAUCACUGAAACCUUUACAUCACAGCAUACUGUAACAACUAAAAUGAUUGAACUUCUCGCUGACUAUGUACUGAUCAGUUCUAACCAAGUUCAAAAUACAAAGACUGGUGAAAUAAUAUCUAUCGAUGAAGCUCGUCGUCAUGGUAUUGUGCGAGAUGAACAGACCAGCAAAGAACAAUUCAUUACUGAUACAAAUAUAAACUUUGAAGAUGCUCUGAAUCUUGGGUAUAUCAAUAUUGAAGCUGGCACGUUUACUCAUCCUAAAACGGGUGAAACCGUUACUAUUUCUGAAGCAGUUACUAGUGGUUUGUUGAACACUGAAGUGCCAACUGAUUCAGGUAAAUUAAGUCCUCAAAAACAAGUUCUAGAUAUGUUAGAUCUGAACGAGGCAUUCGAACUUCUCUUUGAUGAAAAAACUCAAAAAUUCAGAGAUCCAAAAUCACCCAACAAGGUUAUGACUUUCAAAGAAGCUCUUGAAAAGAAGGUAAUUAAUCCCGAUUCGGUUAUUUACAAUGUAGAAGCUGGUAAGCCCGUAACUCUCAAAGAAGCGUUAAAUACGGGAUUGAUUGAUAAAAAGACAGGUAAAGUCAAAGAACCUAAGACCGGCAAGUCGGUAGAUAUUAAAAAUGCAGCUAAAAUGGGUUUGAUAGCUGUAGUUGCAGCACCAGUAUUAGCUGGAAUGGCAGUUGUGCAAGGGGCUAAGUCAGUAACAAGCAAAAUUAUGCAGCCUAAGCAAGAAAAAGCUGUGGAAUCUCCUAAUCGUAUUUCAACAUCGGAAAAAACUACAAGGUACGAACCAGAUGAAGACGAUAAAGACAAAAAACAGACUAGCAAAGAUAAAAAUCUGGUCCCUAAAGAUGUUUUACAGCCUGGUAAACAAGAAGAAAAAUUACAAACAUCACAACCAACAUGGAAAGAGCCAAAACCAGUACCACUUACUGGUAAGACUGUAGUGGCUGAGAAUAAAACUGCAGUUGAUGCUGAGGAACCUUCAAGGAAAGUUUCUGAAAAGUACGAUGUCAAAAAAGAAAUAUCUGUGAGACAGGACCCUAUUCGAGAUGAACCCACACGAGAAAUCGUGAUUGACAAGAAAACAGUAAUAAUUAAAGAAACAAGUCCUAAUGAUGUUUCUUCAUUUGAGCCCAAUGACGUCCUAAAAGCAAAUAAAGUAGAAGAUCGGAAACCUGAAUUAUUAGGUAGUAAAACUGUUGUUACCGAAACAACUACUGUGCAUAAAGAAGUACCGGAGAAACCGAACCAAGCCGCUCUAAAAGAUCUAGAUGUUGAAUCUAAGCAAGUUGUAGAAAGGCCAAGUCCGAUCAAGGACAUGGAGCACGUAGUCUUCGAAGAAAAACCAGCUGUUGAAGAGUUUAUAGAAACUAUUGUCGAGGGUGGAAAAGUCAUCACCGUAACUAAGACUGUAGUUACAAAAACGACAUCUGAUAUUCCAGAAGGGAUAUCUUCUAAAGAAUCCAAUGUUCAGUCACCUAAGGAAAAACCAGAAAAACAAGAUAAGGAAAAGACUCCAACUACAGAGAGCAAAACAGUUGUUCAAGAAAUGAGGACUGUAGUAACUACUGCAGGUACUGAAAAAAUGUUAGAAAAACCUGGCGAUAAACUCACAUCACAAACAACAACACAAAAACCCGAAGAUUUAGUACCGAAGUACGAUGCUUUCACGAAAUUCGAUGACGGACCAACCGUUCAAGAAAUCCAUGAAGUUACUCCAGAUGGCAAAGAAAUAACUAGAAUAGUUACAACUACUUCUAAGACAGAACCUUCAGAAUUCGUAACUGAACAUAGUAGCACAGUAAUAACUUCAUCAACAUCAACACUAACUACAGUUGAAAUAACACAGAAUCAAUCUACUUCCUACCAAGUAAUUACUGAAGAAGUUAGUGGGCCUAAAGACUUUACAGAAACUGUAAUACAGGAAUAUCAAGUUACUGAAGCACCAGACGAGACCGAUGAUAUUCAAAUAACAAAACAAUACACAGUUUCUCGAGAUAGCGAAGUUCCUGAAGUUCUAACACUCGGUAAACCAGACGAAUUACAAAGAGAUCCAAAUGAAAAACCAGGAAAAGGAAAAGAUCAAUUCGCUGCUAAAAAUAAAACUCCAGAAUUUAGUGAAAGAAAAGAACUUGAACCCGAAAAGCCUUUAGAAGUAGCCCCAGGUGUUGUUUAUGAUCCAAACACUUCAGUUGUUAUUUCGGCAAAGGAAGGCGUAGCUGAAAAUCUAUUGGAAGCUGUCAACAAAGGCAUCGUUCCUGUGGAUACUGUUAAAGUAGUUGAACCAAAGACAGGUAAAGAAAUUACUUUAAAAGAGGCUAUCACGAAGGGAAUUGUUGAUAGCAAAACUGGUGAAGUGAAAGAUAAAUCGGGUAAAAAGAUAAGUAUCGCUGACGCAGCGAAAAUCGGUUUGAUAGCUGUUGUUGGUGCACCUAUUCUGGCUGCAGCUAAAGUUGUCCAAGUAGUCAAGAGCGCUGUCGUUGUUGACCCCAAGACUGGAGAAAAACUUCCUUUAGAUCAAGCACGCGAAAGAGGUCUUGUCGACGCUGAUACUUAUAAGAAGUAUGAGGAAAUGAUCAAGACACAAACUCCUGAAGAAAUAGCAACUGAAGUACUUGAAAAAACCAAACAUCCUGCAGGAGUAACUUUCACAGAACAAAUAGUUGGAAAUGAUACCACCACUAGCACUACCACAACACCAGGAGAAAUCGUGAUUACAACUACUGCAGAGUACACCAAACCUAUAGCAUCGGAAAUAACUACCACAACUGUAGAGCAAAAAGUGAUAGAUUUCAGCAAAACCGCUCCUAUAAAUGUAAAUGACGGCAAAUCUGUUUCUGCGAUGCUUAUCGAUGCAGAAAGACAGCCUUUGAGAGUAAUUGAUGAAAUAACAGAACAAAAUGUAACUAAAGAAAAGGCGGAACCUCUUAAACCGCUUUAUGAAAAUAUUCAAUUAAUAGACGCUAUUGCCCAAGGAAAAAUCGAGCCUAAGCUUUGUAGGAUUAUUAUCAAUGGUGUCGAAUCUCCACUCACAGUCCAAGACUCGUUAGAACAGGAACAAAUAAGUAGGUUCGCUCCAGUAGAUGUUCUGUCUAAGAACUGUGUUGUAGUACGAGAGGUUAAACCUAACUAUACCGUUGCUAUUUCGCAAAGAAUUACCCCUGAAGAAUUGUCUGAAAUGGGUGUGUAUGAUAUUGAAAAACAAAUAUUCUUACAUCCUGAAACCGGUGCAAAAAUUACAUUUGAGGAACUCGUAUAUGGCUUACAAAUUUUCGACCCAGAAUCUAUAUUAGUAAAAGAUCUAAGCUCAAAAUCAGAUGACUAUAUUACUUUUGAUGAAGCUAUUGCCAGGCCUAUAAUUGACAAAACAACAGGCCAUAUGGUUAAUCCUAAGACCGGCAAACGUGUGCCCUUCUUAGAGUGUAUACAGUUAGGCUGGAUAGUUGAGAAACCAGAGGACGUCACUGUUCCUGAACAGGUUACUAUUGAAUCUGCACUAGAGCAAGGUUUGUAUAAUCCGAAAACUGGAGAAAUCAAAGACGUUAACACUGGAGCGUUAGUUCCAAUAGGAAAAGCUAUCGAAAACGGAUUAGUUGAUCAAGAAUCCUUGCUUAUUAAAGUUCCUCGUACCAAUGAGAUCAUUACUCUAUCUGAUGCCAUUGAGCGUAAUAUUGUUGAAAUUCACGAAGGUGUUAUAACAAUAAUAGAAACUCAAGAAACAAUUGAAAUAACUGUAGCCAUACAGCGUGGAUUACUUACUGUAAUUCGUAAACCAAUUUCUAUCGUAGCUGUCAUUGAUAAUGACAUGUAUGAACCUAAAUCUGGUAAAAUAAAGGAUAAGGUAACUGAACAAUUAGUCACAGUAGGCGAUGCGGUAGAUAGAAACAUCGUUCACCCAACCAUCUCAGAAAUCAAAGAUACUGCCUCAGAGAAAUUCAUUUCUCUUUCGGAAGCACUUAAUACUAAAUUAAUUGAUCCAGAAACAGGUAAAAUUAGAGAUAAAAAGACUGGUAAAGACAUUCCAUUAGAUGACGCGUUGAAGAAGGGAUUAGUCGCAACCAAGGCGGUUACAUUCUCUCUAUUCGAUGUUAUAGAAUUAGGAUAUUAUUCACCUGAAUCUGGAAAAAUCAUGAACCCCAAAACAGGACAAUUGAUCACAUUAGGCGAGGCUAUCAAAGAUAAUUUGGUGGAUCCAUCAGAUGUUAAAAUUAAAGAUGAUAAGUCGGAGGCCGUUGUACCUUUCGAUAAAGCAGUUAAAUCAGGUCUUAUAGAUUUAGAAAAGGGUGUCAUUACAUCUCCAUUAUGCAACCUUAAAGAUGCGUGUGAUAAGGGAUAUUUGCUUAGUGACAAAAAACCAUGGACUUUACAAGAAGGUUUAGUACAAGGCUUCUAUGACCCAGAAACAGGACUGUUGACUAUAAAUGACGUGACAAUGACUUUAGAGGACGCCAUUAAGAUAGGUAACAUCAACCCCGAGGCUCUAACUGUUAGGAACUCUAUUACCGGAGAAAUCAUUUCACUAGCCGAUGCCAUCAAGGCAGGUAUUAUUGAUUCAAAGGAAGGUAAAGUCAGAGACCCUAUUCAUGGUGAUAAGAUUUCCCUUACUGACGCUUCAGAGCGUGGUCUAAUUGUACCUGCUAAACGUAAACUAAGUUUGCCUGAAGCUGUAUUCAAAGGCUUUUACGAUCCUAAAACUGGCAAGUUCUCUAAUCCUCUGAGCAAAGAAAAGAUACCAACAGACAGAGCGAUUAAGAAACGUUUAAUUGAUCCACAGUCUACUCUAGUACACGCCGCUGGUAAGGUAAUACCCUUCGAAUUUGCUGUAGAUAGGGGAAUUAUUGACAGUAGGACGGGAACAAUCAGGUUAGGUGAUGAAAAUAUUGACUUCCGUGAAGCUUUUGAGAGAGGAAUUCUAGUAGAGGUACGUAAACCGAUGUCACUCAUUGAAGCACUUGAGAAAGGCGUUUAUAAUGAAAUAACUGGACUAUUCAUGGAUCCUCAAAGUGGCAAAAAGUAUACUCUUGUCGAAGCCAUUAAAUUGAAUUUGAUCGACGCACAAUCUGUUCACAUCUUAGACAAUAGGCUAGGCAAAUGGGACAAGAUCACACUCCCAGAAUCCUUAGAAACUGGUGUUAUUGAUGACCAGACUGGCAAGAUACGAAAUAUUAAUAACGAUAAUGAAGAAAUCAGUCUUCGUAAAGCUUUUGAAAUAGGUCUGCUAGUGGACAGCAAGGCACCUAUCAGUCUACAGCGAGCGUUACACCAAGGGCUAUACGAUGACAGCACUGGGAAAAUCAUCGACCCUGCUACAAACCGCAAAAUUACUUUACACGAGGCCCUCCGAAGGUCAAUCAUCAGUCCUAAAUACCUUUGCUAUUUCGAUAAAAAAUCCGAGAAACCUCUGUCUCUAGGUGAUUGCUGUCGUAGUGAAAUAAUUGAUAGAAGAAGCGGCAAAUUCCACGAACCCGGUUCAGACGUUCAAGUCUCCUUAUCUGAAGCUAUGAGUUUAGGUCUUAUUGUUGAUAUUGAAAGCGCAGGAUUCACUCUUUAUGAGGCCUUAGCAAUGAAUAUGUACAGUAUUACCGAGUUAGCAUUCAUACACCCUGUAUCAGACAGGCCAAUUUCCCUCAAAACAGCUAUCACUGAAGAAUUCAUUAACCCAGAAACCUCCUUAGUAAAACAUAUUCCAAGCAGUAAAUAUAUAAAACUUAGUGAAGCCAUUUCAAGCGGUAUUGUCGAUGAUGAAAACAGCAUUUACAUCCUGCCAAACGGUAACCAAAUUAAUCUGCUCGACGCUAAGCAUCGCGGUCUUAUAGUAACAACUAAAAAGAAUUUGAGUCUCGAGGAGAUUAUCAGAAAUGGUCUCUUCCGAGCUGAUAACGGUAAAAUUGUCGAUCCUAGCACGAACGAAUUUGUUGACAUCAACAAAGCUAUAGAAACUAAACUACUUAAUCCAGACCUCACUGUAGUUAAGGAUAACUUCACAAAUAAAUUCAAACCUCUACCAGUAGCUAUUCAACAGGGUGAUGUAGACAUCAGCAAGGGUAGAGUCAUUGAUACCAAAGCAAAGAAAACGUACAGCCUAGAUAUUGCUUUCGACAAAGGUCUUCUCGUUACUGUAAUCCAACCCAUUACAUCCCAAAUGCUUAUUAAGAAAUACGUAACCGACUCCGCAGCUUCUAAAGAACCAAUCCUUCGGGAAUUCACAUUAGACGAAGCUAUAAAGUACGAAUUUAUCGAUCCUGAAACUGCUGUAAUCAAAGAUCCUCAUAAGAACAAAUACAUUCCAUUAAAAUUAGGUAUCACUGAGGGAAUUAUUGAUAAAAAUGCAAAGGGUUCGUUUGAUACACAGAAUAGAUCGCAAACGCUUUGCUUCGUCUUUGAAAACGGUUUGAUUGUCUAUGUCCGCGAACCUGUAACGUUUGAGCAAGCGAUUGAAAACGGUCACUUGAACGUAGCUACCGCUCGAUUCACUGAUCCUCAAUCCAAAGAAGUUCUUACAAUUAGAGACGCGGCCACAUUAGGCUACAUAGACCCCGACACUGCACUCAUAAAAGAUAAUCUCAAAAAGAGGUUGGUCAAACUCCCUGAGGCAUUCCGCAAAGGCCUUAUGGAUGCUGAGAAAGGCAAUAUACUAGACACAGAGACCUCUAAACUGAACACCUUAACGGCUGCCAUUGAAAGCGGGCUUCUUAUGACUCCUAAAAAGAGCUUCACCUUAAUAGAAACUCUAAACUUCGGCAUAUACAAUCCAACAACCGGAGCUCUUAACGAUCCUUUCAUUACCACGAGCGUAAUGGAUCGGAAGAGGUUGAACUUAGGGGAAGCUAUUGCUCAAGGAAUCGUUGACCCGUCAAGUACUGUUGUCAAAGAACCAGAGACAGGAAAGAUAUGUCCAUUGGUGCAAGCGAUAGAACAGAAACUAGUUGAUCCCGUCGAAGGCAGGCUCACCAUAGAUCCAGUCAAAUCGAUCAGUUUGGACUUAGUCAAAGCUCUGAAGAAGGGCUACUUGCUGCCAGCAGAAACGAGGCCGUUGCCUGCGAUGCUAAAGAACCCUUUUGAGCUAAAUCGUGAAUGCUUGCCUGUGAGGGAUCAUAUUAACGACGAUAUAAAGAACCAUCACCGUUUCGCCAAAUACCUAACCUCCCAUUCACAUUGUGCUAAGAAUUUUGAGGUCGCGAUGCAAGCAGUGGAAGAGAAAUACAGGCUUUGUGAUGAAACCUUAUCUAAGUUACUGGAAUGGAUCGCCGUGGUUGAAGAGAGACUUGCGAACCAAGAAGCCGUUAAGGAAGAUAUGGACGAACUCCGCAACCAGAUCAAUAUUCUUAAGCUCAUUAAGGAUGACCUGGAGAGUCACCAGCGCCAAGUAUCAGCGUGUGCUGACCAGGCCAAGCAGCUACUCGUCUCCGGGGGAGAUGUGCUGGCCCCUCAUGAGGUGGCAGCACUGGAGCGUGGCGUCCGUCAGCUAAAACAACGCUGUGAAAAAUGUACGGACAAAUGUGAUAAGAUGCUUAGGAGAUUGGCUGCGGCCAGAGACGAGCUUGGAAAGUUCACCAAUGAACUGAACACCUUCAACACAUGGAUGGAGGGAGCUUACCGUACUCUAGAGGAGAAGGAGGCUGCACUCUCCAAGCUGAACAGCCUGCCAGACCAGAGUGAGGACGUCAGGGAGUUCGUGAGUGACGUCAUUGCUCACCAGGCCGACCUCCGUUUUAUCACCAUGUCGGCCCAGAAGUUUGUCGAUGAGAGCAAGGAAUUCCUCUCAAUCUUGAACGAGUACCGCACGUCCCUCCCGUCCCGGCUGUCGCACGUGCCAGGUCGCGGCGAGAGCUCGGUCCGCGACGACGCGACCCGCGCGCGGCGCCGCCACGCCGAGCUGGGCGCGCGGGCGCAGCGUCUGCACGACUGGCUGCGCGCCGCCGCAGACGGGACCAGGCACUACCACGACGCCCUGCAGCGGGCCACCAAGUGGAUCAACGAGGUGGAACCUCAAAUCCGCUCAGUACUAUCGGAGCCGGUCGGUGGCGAGCCCCGCGCCGUCGAGUCGCAACUAUCCAAAGCUAAGACCUUACACAACGAGAUCAUCUCACAAGGACGGCUUAUUGACAACGCUAAAGAUGCUUGUGAACAACUAGUGAAAUCUUUGGAAGGUAAUCUGACUCCUUCGGAGAUCCGUCAGCUGGAAGUUCCUGUGUUGGACCUUACGUCACGUUACAAGGAUAUUACUGACGCCGUUGGCUCCAGAUGCUCGGAGCUCGAAGCCGCACUACUUCAGUGCCAAGGCUUACAAGACGCCGCUGAGACACAGGCCCAUUGGGUCGGACAGGCUGAGAGCUUGUUCAAGAGCCAACAAAAACCAGCUUCGUUAAUCCGCGAACGCUUAGAUGAACAAAUCCGUGAGCAACGCAUAGCUAUUGGCGAGUUGGAGGCACGUCGGCCAACGUUGGCCAAACUAUUGGCCAGUGCUCGCCAAGCUGCACUCACGCCAUCUAACGCCAGAAUCGCGAAGAAACUCGAACAGAGAGCUGAAGAUAUUUAUGCAAGAUACGAAAAACUGGUAGAAAAGUCAUCGAAGCGCAGUGAGUUCUUGGAAGAAGUGUCAUCGGAGCUGGCGCAGUUCAGCUCUCAGGCCGGCGCACUGGACGCUGCGCACGCGCAACUACUGGAGCAGGCCGACACCAGGGAACUUGCCAGGAUGCCCGCUGAGGAACUCGGGGGCAGGCUGGCUCACUUGGCUAGUUACAGGGACAAACAAAUGCCGCUGCUAGAAGAAUGCUUGCGCAACGGCAAACAGCUGAUUUCCAAGAAGGAUGUCACUGACACCCAUGUUAUACGGGACAGGAUGAAGGCACUGGAGAACCAAUGGCGUGACUUCAACGCGACUCUGGAAGAGAAACAGAAGCUGUCCAAGCAGAGAGCUGACCAACUCAACCAGUACGAGUCGCUCAAGAUACAAGUACUAGACUGGCUCCAGUCAAUGGAGAGUCGCGUGACUCGCCUCCAGCCGGUGGCGGUGGACCUCGAGGUCAUCAAGCAACAACAGGACGAACUCAGACCUCUCGCCAAGGAGUACAGGGACUUCUCCAUCACCAUUGACAAGGUGAACGAGGCAGGCGCGGUGUACGAAGCGCUAACCCGCGGCGACCGCGCCGACAGUCCCCACAGGAGGCGACAGAUAUACAGCCCGACUAAACGACAGACUCCAAGCCGCACGUUGGACGGUCGGUCCCCGUCGCCAAGCAAGGCGCAUGGACUGGUCAGCCCUGGAUCCACGCAUUCCACCUCCAGCGGAUUCUCUUCUCGUCGGUCCAGCCAGGACGGGUUCCAUCUAGAAGAGCUGUCACCAGUUCAACAACAGUUGUCAGAAAUCAACAACAGAUACAGUCUGUUAGGCACCAAGUUGGCAGACCGUACUUCUGAGCUGGACGCCGUCAGAGACGAACUCAGGCGACAUCUGGACAGUUUGAGAGCGCUCAAUACUUUCUUAGACAAGGUCCAAAGACAACUGCCCAAGGAAAGCGUUCCCAACACGAAGGAGGAAGCAGACAAGACCAUCAAGCAAGCUCGCGCUGUACUUGAGGAGAUGUAUGAGAAACAAAGCAUUCUAGACUCUACCAAGACCCAGGUCCGUGAGCUGCUGAAGCGCAAACAGAGCGUCCUGGGGGCGGACAGACUGCACGACGAGAUGGAGGACGUCGCCUCCAGGUGGAAGGCAUUGCAUGAUGCUUUCAAGGACAAGAUCCGCCUAAUGGAGGAGAUGAAGGACUUCCACGACACGUACAGCAACCUGUCAGUCUGGCUGAGCGCCAAGGACCGCAUGAUGGCGGCGCUCGGACCCAUCUCGUCAGACUCCAGGAUGGUGCAGACACAAGUACAACAGGUGCAAGUCCUCCGCGAGGAGUUCCGCGUCCAGCAGCCCCAGCUGUCUCACCUGCAGGAGGUGGGGGGGGCCGCGCUGGCCCGCCUCGACCCCGCCUCGCACGACGCCACCAAGCUCAAGCACAAGGUCACCGAGCUACAGGACCGCUGGAACGAUCUGCUUAACAAGCUAGAGCAGCGCGCAGAGAGUCUGGGCGCGGCCGCAGACACGUCCCGUGAGUUCGACGCGGGUCUGUCCCGCUUGCGAGACGCCCUGCAGACUAUUAGCGACAAACUGGACGAUGUCGCCUUGGAGAACGAGCCUGAAGAACAGCUUAGGAAGAUUGAGAACCUCGAACGUCAACUGGAAGGCCAGCGCCCUCUGUUGGCCGACCUAGAAGGUGCAGGGGCUGCGCUGGCGCAAGUACUGUCCGAUCCGGCCUCGCGCCAGGACAUACAGAGCAAGCUGUCCGCCGUAGCCAGGCAGUACGACAACCUGCAGAGGAAACUCGACCAUAGGAAGGCGGAAAUAGAGGCUGCUUUGAAGGAUGGUCGUAACUUGGAAGAGAAUGUGGCACGUACUCUGGGCUGGCUUCAGUCGGAACUGAACUCCCUGCCGGGCCGCUUGCAAGUGUCUGCCGACGCCACUAAGCUACAGCAACAGUUGGAGCGACACGAACCUCUGUACAGAGAACUCACGCAGAGGGAACACGAGCUUAUUAUGUUGUUAGACAAAGGUCGUGAAAUGGAGAAGAAGCCAGCUCACCAAGGCUUGCGCAAAGAGCUCGACAGGAUCCAAACUCAAUGGGACAAACUCAAGCGAGAGACAGUCGACCGGUACACCAGACUGCAAACUGCUAAGGAACACUGCCGUAAGUUCCACAAGGCACAAGAAUCCUUCGUUCCGUGGCUGUCCGACUUAGAAGAUAGACUCGCCAAGCUCCCGGCUAUCGCCUUCACUAAGAAGGAGGUCGAGAAACAACUUAAAGAACUGCAACAGAUCAGAAACGAUAUCUGGAAGAGAUCUGGCGAGUAUGAAAACAACAAGACACUGGGCGAGACCUUCAUCUCGUCAUGCGAUAUCGACCAGGAGGUGGUCAGGAAACUCCUUGACAGCAUGAAGGAGAGAUGGGACAGGAUUAAUAACGAGGUGCUCCAGCAAGUGGAGUACCUGGAGAGCACGGCGCGCAAGCUGGGCGAGUUCGCGGAGCGCGUCCGUGGCGUGGAGGCCCCGCUGGCGCGCUGCGAGGCCCGCCUGCUGGCCGCGCUGGCCGCGCCGCCCGCGCGCGCCGCCGCCGACGUCGCCGGCCUCGCCGACCACAUACACGCGCUGCGGGCCCCGCUGCAGAGCAUCAACGUAGCAGCGGACGACAUAGUGCAGCUGGCGCUAGAGUGCAGCGGUCGCGAGGCGGCUGGGCGCGCGCGGGCCGUGCUCGACGAGCAGGCGCGCGCGCUGGCCGACCGGGUCGACGACCUCGAGGCCCGCGCCGCCGACGCCAGGGGCAGGCUCGCCGGCGCCGCCGCCGCCAUCACGCAUUUCCAGGACAAGGUCAAGAGUCUAUCACACGAUCUGUCGGACCUGGAGAAGGAACUAGACGGCAUGAAACCUCCAGGCAGAGACAUUAAGACUGUGAAACAACAACUUGAUGACAUCGGUCGGUUCUACAAGCGGUUGGAAAAUGCUGACGAUCUCGUCGGAGACACUGAACGGGCCGCUGAAGAACUCGUUGACAGUGGACAUACUGUUGAUGACACUAAAACUAGAGAUCAGGUGGAAGGUCUUCGCAAACAGCUUGCAAAGUUGGACGAGCGCGCUCGUGCCAAGGAACAGGACCUGGAUGACACUCUAAGCAAGCUGGAGGCGUUCUACAAAGCCUACGACUCUGUCAUGGAUGAUGUCACUGAGGCCGCAGAACAGGUCAGGAGCCUUAAACCGGUAUCCUCAGAAGUGGAACAGAUCAGGUCGCAACAGAAAGACUUCGCAGAGCUGAAGCGUCAUACCCUGGAGCCUUUGGGUCAGAAUGUGGCUCACUGCAACAAGAUAGGCCAGGGACUCGUCCGAUCAGCUCUACAAGGAGUCAGCACACAGAUCUUGGAGAAGGAUCUUGAGAAAAUGAACGAUAAAUGGAAUGCAUUGAAGGAGAAGACGAACGAACGCGAGCGCCGUCUGGACGUAGGUCUACUCCAAUCUGGCAAGUUUGCUGAAGCUCUGGCCGGGUUGGAGAAGUGGCUGGCAGACACUGAAGAUAUGGUCAACAACCAGAAACCACCGUCAGCUGACUACAAGGUCGUGAAGGCUCAACUGCAGGAACAGAAGUUCUUAAAGAAAAUGCUGAUGGACCGUCAGAACUCGAUGUCAUCUCUGUUCGCUAUGGGUAACGAAGUAGCCGGCGGGUGCGAGCCCGCGGAACGGAAGGCCAUCGAGAAACAACUCAAGGGCCUCAUGCAUCGGUUCGAUGCUCUCACCAAUGGCGCUCAGCAGAGAAUGCUGGACCUAGAACAGGCUAUGAUGGUGGCGAAACAAUUCCAAGAAGAACUCCAACCGUUGGUGGAAUGGCUCGGCACCACGGAGCGGAAGGUCAAGUCUCUGCAACUGGUACCCACGGACGAGGAGAAGAUCCAGCACAAGAUCAGGGAACACAAGAACCUCCACGACGACAUUAUCUCGAAGCAGCCAGCAUUCAAGCAGUUGACGGAGACUGCAUCCACGCUGAUGGCCCUCGUUGGAGACGACGAGGCUAGCGCUCUAGCUGACAGGCUGCAAGCCGCUACUGAUAGAUACGGCGCUCUAGUGGAACACAGUCUGAACAUCGGAGACCUGCUAGAGGCCUCUCGCAAGGGACUCAGGCACCUGGUCCUCACAUACCAAGACCUGUCUGCCUGGAUGGACGCCAUGGAGCAGUACCUCGCCAAGAGAAAGAUCCUGCCCAUGCAUAUGGAGAAACUGCUCAGGCAAAUGCAUGAGUUGACUGAAAAAUCUAAGGAAAUAGCGUCGAAACAAGAAGCUGUGGACAGCACAGUGGAAUCAGGACUUGAGCUGAUGAAGCAUAUCUCGGGAGACGAGGCCUUACAGCUUAAGGAUAAGCUGGAUGCUUUACAGCGAAGAUAUAACGACCUCACCAGCCGAGGAGCUGAUCUUCUUCGCGUGGCUUCAGAGACCUUACCUUUGGUGGAACAACUAUACAACAGUCAUGCCAGACUGGCUGACUGGAUGGCGGGCGCCGAGUCGUGCCUGCAGUCAGUGGAGCCCCGUGAGGAGGACAUCCUGCGCCUCGAGGCCGAACUCCAGGAGUACCGGCCUAUACUCGAGAACCUCAACCAGAUCGGCCCACAGCUGUGUCAGAUCUCUCCCGGCGAAGGCGCUACUCACAUAGAGAGUAUAGUGACGCGCGACAACCGACGCUUCGACGCCAUCGCCGAGCAAGUACAGCGCAAGGCUGAACGACUACUCCUCAGCAAGAAGCGCUCUCUAGAAGUAGUAGGCGACAUGGAGGAAGUACUAGAAUGGCUGCGGGGCGUGGACUCCGCCCUGCGUAACGCGGAGCCGCCCUCGUGCGAGGCCGUGCUAGUCCGCGCCCAGCUCAAGGAACACAGGCCCAUCAGUGACGAUGUCGCUGCGCAAAGAGUCAGGGUCCGCGAUCUACUUAGCCAGGCGAAGAAGGUCCUCCGCGAAUGCCAGUCGUCCGAAGAGACGGCAGUGAUCAGGGACCGCAGUGAGGAGUUGAAGGAGAUCAUGGAAGAAGUCGGUCAGCUCGCCGCGGAGAGACUUGCCGCGUUGGAGCAAGCAUUACCACUCGCCGAGCAUUUCGCUGAUACUCAUCAUGGCUUAUCCUCGUGGUUGGAUGAUAUGGAGAAACAGAUCCAGAUGCUGGCCAUGCCGGCACUCAGACCUGAACAGAUCGUACACCAGCAAGAUAAGAAUGAAAUGCUGCAACAAUCUAUAAACAACCACAAGCCAUUGGUGGAUAAGCUGGUGAAGACUGGCGAGGCUCUGGCCAAGCUCUGCGGGGACGAAGACGUCCCCAAGGUGCAGGACAUCGUAGACGCCGACUGUGAACGGUACAACGCGUUGAGAGCCGAACUCAGGCAAAGGCAACAGGAGUUGGAACAGGCGCUGCAAGAAUCGUCCCAAUUCUCGGACAAGUUGGAGGGUAUGCUCCGCGCUCUGUCGGGUGCAGCGGACCAGUUGCAUCGCGCGGAACCCGUCUCUGCACAUCCGCCUAAGAUUGAGGACCAGAUAGAAGAGAACAACGCCUUAGUGGAGGACCUCGAGAAGAGGCAGGAGGCCUACAACGCAGUGCAGAGGGCGGCCUCUGACGUCAUCAGCAAGGCCAACAAGAGCGACCCAGCCGUCAGGGAUAUUAGGAACAAACUCGAUAAACUUAACAAACUAUGGGACGACGUACAAAAAUCGAGUACGGACCGUGGCAACUCUUUAGACUCGACCCUGGAGGUGGCUCGCAAGUUCUGGCAACAACUGAACGCUGUGAUGGCCCAACUGUCCGAGCUGGAGGACACGCUGACUGCCCAGCCCCCGCCCGCCGCCCAGCCCAGGGCCAUCGAAGCCCAGCAAGUUGCCCUGCAAGAGAUCCGACAUGAAAUCGAUCAUACUAAACCUGAGGUGGAAAAAGUCCGUAAAACGGGGUCAACCCUCAUGUCACUCUGUGGCGAGCCAGACAAACCCGAGGUCAAGAAGCACAUGGAGGACCUCGACAGUGCUUGGGACAACAUCACCGCACUCUACGCUAGACGGGAAGAAAACCUCAUUGAUGCCAUGGAGAAGGCUAUGGAGUUCCAUGAUACUUUACAGAACCUCCUAGAAUUCCUGGACUCGGCUGAAGACAAGUUCUCCCGCAUGGGUCCGCUUGGCUCCGACAUAGAUGCCGUCAAGCGUCAGAUCGCUCAGCUAGCCUCCUUCAAGCAGGAGGUCGACCCUCACAUGGUUAAGGUCGAAGCGCUCAACAGGCAAGCCCAAGAGCUUACAGAAAGAACAUCAUCAGAACAGGCUGCAGCCAUUAAGGCUCCACUGACUGAAGUCAACUCCCGCUGGUCAGCCUUACUACGAGGCAUGGUGGAACGCCAGCAGCAGUUGGAACGAGCUCUGCUUAGACUUGGACAGCUGCAGCACGCCUUGCAGGAGUUGCUUACUUGGAUACACAACACUGGAGAAACUCUGGAUACUUUGAGACCGGUGGCAGGUGAUCCUCAAAUACUGGAAGUGGAGCUCGCCAAGCUGAAGGUUCUUGUGAAUGAUAUCGCCGCCCACCAAGCGAGCGUCGACACCCUGAACGACGCGGGCGCACAGAUAGUCCAGCAGGGUACGGGUACGGAUGAGGCUGGUGAGACAGCUGAGAAACUGGCCACGUUGAACAGGAAAUGGAGGGAACUGCAACAGAAGGCGAGGGACAGGCAGACUGAGCUGGAGGACGCACUCAGGGAGGCACAGAGCUUCAACGCUGAGAUCGGUGACCUAUUGAGCUGGUUGUCCGAGGUGGACAGCGUCAUCGCUGCCUCCAAACCAGUCGGAGGUCUGCCUGAAACCGCCUCCGAGCAGCUCGAGAGAUUCAUGGAGGUAUACAACGAGAUCGAAGCGAACAGGCCGAAGGUAGAAGCAGUUCUGCAGCAAGGCCAAGAGUACCUGAAGAAGCAGGACAGGCCCAACCCCACGUCACAGCUUCACCACAACUUGAAGAACUUGAAGUCGCGGUGGGAUAACGUUACCGCUAGAGCCUCAGACAAGAAGAUCAAGUUGGAAAUAGCUCUGAAGGAAGCCACAGAGUUCCAUGAUGCGCUGCAGGCCUUCGUUGACUGGCUGACCAGCGCUGAGAAGACCCUCACCUCCGCCAAACCUGUCUCCAGGGUUAUGGAGACGUUGCUCGUCCAAAUCGAAGAGCACAAGGCGUUCCAAAAAGAGGUCGCGACCCACAGAGAGACCAUGCUACACCUGGACAAGAAGGGCACACACCUCAAGUACUUCAGUCAGAAGCAGGAUGUCAUACUCAUCAAGAACUUACUCGUGUCUGUACAACAUCGCUGGGAGCGAGUCGUGUCUAAGGCCGCUGAAAGAACCAGAGCUUUGGACCACGGUUUCAAGGAGGCCAAGGAGUUUAAUGAGAUGUGGAACAACUUGAUGAACUGGUUGAACGACACUGAGGAACAACUGGACACGCUCAACGCUGAGGCCACGGUCAAUGACCCGGAGAAAAUCAAACAGAGACUGACAAAACACCGUGAGUUCCAAAAGGCCCUCGCUGCCAAGCAGCCAGUUUACGACCAGACAAUGAAGACUGGCAAACAGCUGAAGGACAAGGCUCCCAAAGGAGACGAGAAUACUCUGAAAACUAUGAUGUCCGAUAUGAAGACCAAAUGGACCACUGUUUGCUCCAAGGCUGUUGACAGGCAACGCAAGUUGGAAGAAGCACUUCUCUACUCCGGACAGUUCAAGGACGCGAUGUCAGCGCUCCUGGACUGGUUGAAGAAACAACAGAAGGACCUCGCCGGAGACUCGCCCGUGCACGGAGACUUGGACACUGUCAUGGCGCUCAUUGAACAACAUAAGCAAUUCGAGGAAGAUCUGCAUUCACGCGAACAACAAAUGCAGUCUGUCAUGAAGACAGGCAAGGAUCUAGAAGCGACGGUGCCUCGUGAGGAUGCGGCCAGUAUUCGCCAACAGUGUAGUGAGCUGAAGAGUGCCUGGGAGGCAGUUCUGACCCUCAGCGAGAGGAAGGCACACAGGCUUGAAGCUGCACUUAAAGAGGCGGAAAAACUCCACCGUUCAGUGAACAUGCUACUCGAAUGGCUGUCCGACGCUGAGACCAAGCUUCGAUUCUCCGGUCAAUUACCCGAAGGCGACGUUGAAACUCAACAACAGAUCCGCGACCACGAGCGAUUCGUUCGAGAACUGAAUGAGAAACAGAGGGACAAGGACGACACUAUAUCGCUUGCCCACUCUAUUUUGAGUAAGGCACAUCCUGAUGCUGUCACCGUCAUCAAACACUGGAUUACUAUCAUACAAAGCCGAUGGGAUGAGGUAUGGCAAUGGGCUAUGCAACGUGGUGGAAAGCUGGAGGCUCACAUGCAGAGCCUGAAAGACUUGGAUCUUGUUCUCGAAGAGUUACUUCAGUGGCUCAUCGGAUUGGAGAACACUUUGCUAUCACUUGAGUCGGAACCUCUACCAGAAUCCAUUGAGCUUCUCGAAGGCCUCAUUGAGGAUCACAAAGAGCUCAUGGAACACACACAGAAGAGACAGAAUGAAGUCGACCGCGUCUGCAAGGCUUACCAGGUUAAGAGUCAAAGCCAAGGCCGUGAAAGCACUCCAAGAAAGGUUUCAGCCAAGAGCGCUACUAAAGGAGCACCUGGUCGCGUGAGCCCUGGCCGAGAGACACCCGAUCGCAACCUGCCUCACUACGGCCCCAGAUUUCCGGCUAAGGGAAGCAAAGGCGCUGAGCCUGAAUUCAGGUCGCCUCGUGUCAAACAGCUGUGGGACAAAUGGCGCACGGUAUGGCUUCUUGCGUGGGAGCGACAAAGGAGGUUGCAUGAACGUCUUAUGCAUCUGAAGGAACUGCAACGAGUGUCCAACUUCAGCUGGGACGACUGGAGAAAGAGGUUCCUGAAGUUCAUGAACCACAAGAAGUCUCGUCUAACGGACUUGUUCCGUAAGAUGGACAAGGACAACAACGGGCUCAUCGCUAGACACGAGUUCAUUGAUGGAAUCAUCAAUACUAAAUUCGACACGUCUCGCCUGGAGAUGGGCGCCGUAGCUGACCUGUUUGACAGGAACGGCAGCGGCCUUAUCGACUGGGAACAGUUCAUCGCCGCGCUCCGACCUGACUGGGUCGAGAGCCGUGGUCCACCAACGGACGCUGAUAAGAUCCACGAUGAAGUGAAACGCCUCGUGAUGCUGUGUACCUGCCGACAGAAGUUCAGGGUGUUCCAAGUUGGAGAGGGCAAAUACAGGUUCGGAGACUCACAGAAACUCCGCCUAGUCCGUAUCCUUCGAUCCACAGUAAUGGUGCGAGUUGGAGGCGGAUGGGUCGCCCUCGACGAGUUCUUAGUCAAGAACGACCCUUGCAGAGGUUACUAA